AGGAGUCUGGAGUCGUGCGCCCGAGUCAGAACUGCGUCUCGCGACCCAGGCGCCGGUUGCUGGAAGAGCGUGAGCAAGCGAUGCUGCCGCCGCCGCUUCCUGAUUGGCUGUGGGUGGCUACCUCUUUGUUGUGAUUGGCCGCUAGUGAGCAGGAUGCUGAGCAAGGGUCUGAAGCGGAAGCGGGAGGAGGAGGAAGAGAAGGAAUCUCUGGCAGUCGACGCCUUGUGGCUGGAUCCUGGCCACGCAGCGGUGGCACAGGCACCCCCGGCUGCAGCCUCUAGCUCCCUCUUUGACCUCUCGGUGCUCAAACUCCACCACAGCCUGCAGCAGAGUGAGCCAGACCUGCGGCACCUGGUCCUGGUGGUGAAUACGCUACGGCGCAUCCAGGCGUCCAUGGCACCCGCGGCUGCCCUGCCACCUGUGCCAAGCCCACCUGCAGCCCCCAGCAUGGCUGACAACCUCCUGGCAAGCUCGGACGCUGCCCUCUCAGCCUCCAUGGCCAGCCUCCUGGAGGACCUCAGUCAUAUCGAGGGCCUGAGUCAGGCCCCCCAACCGCUGGCAGAUGAGGGGCCACCAGGCCGUAGCAUGGGGGGGGCGGCGCCCAGCCUGGGUGCCUUGGACCUUCUGGGCCCAGCCACUGGCUGUCUACUGGAUGAUGGGCUCGAGGGCCUGUUUGAGGACAUUGACACCUCUAUGUAUGACAAUGAACUUUGGGCACCAGCCUCUGAGGGCCUCAAGCCUGGCCCUGAGGAUGAGCCGGGCAAGGAGGAAGCUCCGGAGCUGGACGAAGCGGAACUGGACUACCUCAUGGAUGUGCUGGUGGGCACACAGGCACUGGAGCGGCCGCCUGGGCCGGGGCGCUGAGCCCUCAUGUUGGGAUGGUUGUCUGGUAUCUGAACUGAGCUUGGUGGCUGGACCAACUGUCCUCAAAAAGACACAUCUGGCUUCCCUAGUCCAGAGAACAGGGCUUGGGCCAAUUUGCAGAGACAGAAUCCAGUCCUGGACAAUUUCACGUCCGUCCUCCUGUCUCAGGGCUGGCGGGGAAGCCUGGGAUUAGUCCCUAGUGAUGGAAUGACAGGGUCUGGUGGCGGACUGAAUUCCCUGGCCCUGCGGUCAUAGCUUGGGCUGUUCCAUCUCUGAUAUGGGAAGAGACCCCAGUCAAAUUUUUCAAAUUAAAACCAGUCCUGGGAAAUCUCAAA